UUAAAUUUACUUAAAAAGCCAUGUUUACCAAAGCAAAGAAAUGGAAUCCCAAUGUAGCAGUUUCAUACAGCUAGGGGUGAUUAGGUUUUAUACAACGUCUGGCAACAUAUAAUGUUUACAGAAAUUCAUCAAUUAAGCAAUUCCGAAGUGGACUGGUCAAGUAGAAUUGAACAUGGAUUAGUUUGGUAAACACCACGCAACCAUAAUCGUAAGCCGACUAAGCGUAUGAGCCGGUUCUUCUGUAGCGUAGAUAUAAAAUGUAAACAAUCUGAAAAUCAUACCAUGGCUGGCAGGCAAAGAAACGCAGAACUAAUUACGGCUUAAAAAUGUCUGAGAAAGCAGAGGAACAUGAGAUGGUUCCAGAGCAGAGUUGUGCGGAGACGGACGAUGAUUCGAGCAUGGACACCUUGUCCAUACCAGGUGAUCCAAGAAACCGCUGGGAAUGGCUGAAGCAACGAUUUUGGGAAGAGCGCUCGAAUAAAGUUCAAGAUGUACCGCAAAAUAGGCCACAGCGAACGAGGAAGCGAAAACAAUCGGUUGUUGAUCCGUUUUUGAAACGAUUUAGCACGCGAGAACUUCAUGGAUUACACCAGCACAAUCAUCUCAGCCCGAUUCCAAUUGCAAUUCACCCGCCGGAAAUGUUAUAUAACGAAUCCUCAAACAAAGACUACGAAAUCCCCAAAGUUAAUCAACAUAACCAUCAGACGAAAUGGGGGCAAAGCGUUUCAAUUUUAGACCCAAAAAGCACUGCAGUAUACGUUUGGAACUGCGUGCUCGCCAUAGCAAUAUUCUAUCAUUUUUGGACUAUCAUAUUUAGGAUUGCAUUUCAUGAUGAAUCCAGCAUCAGUCGUGGAGUCGUAGCAUUUCUGGUAUUUGACUAUUCAAUCGACUUGAUUUUCAUACUGGACAUUCUAAUAUCAUCGCGAAUUAGCUUUUUGCAGAACGGGAUACUUGUUCAAGACGUGAAGAGGGUUGCAUUCACGUAUUUAUUUACCAGGAAUUUCUACCUGGAUAUCGUAGCGAUUCUUCCAGUAGAUUUCUUGUACCUUGCCUUUGGUGUAACGCCAGCCCUGAGGCUAAUACGAUUGAUAAAGGUUUACAAACUUAUCAAAGUUAGAACAAGCGUGGAGUCGAUGUCAUCCAGCCCGGCAUUGCUCAGAGCUUCCAUUUUGGUACAUUCAAUGUUCCUGUUGAUCCACUGGAAUGCAAGCUUUUAUUUCAUGAUAUCGAAACAUGAAGGUUUGGGUUCCAACGAAUGGGUUUACCCUGCACUGAACGGCAGUUUUGAUAGCUUGACAAGAAAGUACGCGAGAUCAUUUUACUGGUCGACGCUGACGUUGACAGCGAUAGGAGACCUACCAGCACCCGCAACCGAUCUUGAAUAUUUGUACACGAUCUGCUGUUAUCUCUGUGGAGUGUUCAUGUUUGCCACAGUCGUAGGAAAUAUUGGCAGCAUAAUUUUGAACAGGAAUUCAAACAAGAUAGUUUUUGAACAGCAAAGGGACGAGGCACGAAACUACAUGGAAGAAAGGAAAGUCCCAAAAGAACUUCAGGAACGCGUCCUGCUGUGGUAUGAUUACGCUUAUCAAAGAGGACGAAUUAACGGUGUUGAUGACCUUAACUCGUUGAAUCUGUUACCGCAUAAAAUGAAAACAGAAUUAGCAAUUCACAUUCAUUUGGACACGUUGAAAAAGGUCUCGUUUCUGCAAAAAUGUCAACCGGAAUUCCUACACGAUCUGUUGCUGAAGAUGAAAUUAACCAUUUACACUCCUGGGGAUCUCAUUAUUCGUCGUGGGGAAAUUGCGCGUGAGAUGUAUCUCAUAAGUGAUGGAAUAGUCCAAAUCAUCGGGGAAUCUGGUGACGUUUUGAAAGAGCUUGGGACAGGAGAUUUUUUUGGAGAAAUUGGAAUAUUGAAUCUAAGUGGAGGACAAAACAGACGUAUAGCAGACGUUCGUUCUGUUGGUUACACGGAAUGUUUCAUGUUAUUACGAGAAGAUGUUUUGGCCGCAACACGAGAUUAUCCUGAAGCGCAGGAAAUACUUUCCGCGUAUGGAAAAGAGCGGCUCAAUCGAACUCGUAAAGUCAGCUCCACCUGGCGAGGUGGAGCACCCGCAGGCGACCUCCCGGACCCCAACCGACGCUGGCCGCAGUUCGAACUCCAGGUGGUCCGGGAGUCAGUGAGUUCAGUGCGUUCGCGCGAAAACGAAGGGUUCACCAAAGAUGAAGAUACGAACGGAUCUCUUACUCAGGACUGCCAGAACUUUGCCGCGAAGAAAGAGAGCUCUGGGAGAUUUGGAGAGAAAAUUAGCACAAGAAGCAAUAGAAGCAGCGAAGCUCAAGAAAACGACGCAAAAAAUAUCAAGAAAUCGAGCAAUGCAGAUGAAAAAAAUAGCAUUCAGAAUAAUCCGAGAGCAAGUCAAGUACAAGGCGUUGAGAAAAGGCUGUCGCAGGAACUCGAGACCGCAAUGAAGGUUAAGGAGAAAGAAGUUUCUCUCCUGAACGAUGUGAUUCAGGAACUUCAGCGAGAAAAGGAAAACGACAAAAAAGAAAUGCAAAAUUUGAAAACAAAGCAUCAAAGUUCACAACAAAGACUAGAAACGGUUGAGGAAGAGAAUACGAAAUUACGUCAGGAGAACAAGGCGAAGGAUGGGACAAUUGAAAUACUGAGAAACAAAAUUGAACAGUUACAGAGGACUAGAAAUGAGAAGAAAAAAGAAGAUGAGAUUGUUAUUACCGAGGUUAAUGAAUGCGAUGAAAAUUGUUAGCAG